AUGCGUUCUGGCACCGGUUCCAAGCUGCAGAGCAAGGGUCCCUUGUCUUGGGACGACAGGUCCGUCGUCAUCGGCGGCCAGAGAAUCAUGAUCUACGCAGAGGAAUACCACCCAUACCGUAACCCGGUCCCUGGUCUCUGGCGCGACGCCCUGCAGAAAAUUAAGUCUGCCAACUUUAACACCGUGUCCAUCUACACUAGCUGGGGCAUCAUCUCUCCCAAAAAAGGCGUAGCUUACCUCGAGUCUUUCAAUGACCUUGAGGAGUUCCUCAAGGUCGCCAAGGAGGUCGGCAUUUUCGUCAUUCUGCGACCUGGACCCUACAUCAACGCCGAGACCACGAACGGCGGCAUCGCGCCGUGGCUUCAGAACGAACCGGGCAUCAUGCGCCAGAACUCGACUGCGUACACCCAGGGCCAAAUCCCAUACCUUACCGCGAUCACCGAUAUCGCAAAAAAGUACCAGCUCUCCACUCGUCCGGACGGAGAGGUCGACCCUUCGAGCGGACCGAUCAUCAUGGUGCAAGUCGAGAACGAAUACUCAGUCACGCCCGAGCGUCAGGCGUACUUUGACGAUCUGAAACAGUUCUAUACAGAACAUGGUAUCACCGUGCCGUUCAGCUUCAACACCUGCUGCACACCCGCCGGCGGCGCGUACGCCGACGACGUAGAGCUGUACGGCCAGGACGGCUACCCGCUCGGCUUCGACUGCGGCAACCCGACCAACUGGGGUAAUGGGGUGCAGACCGGCCUCGAGGAGGAGUUUCACAAGAUCAAGAGCAUCCAACCCGUUUUCCUACCCGAGUACCAGGGUGGCUCCUUUGACCCGUACGGAGGCUACGGCUACGAGCAGUGCUACCAGCUCGUCGGUGUCGAAUUUGCUCGUGUCUGGGGCCAAUCGCUUCUUGCUGAGGGCGUGCGCAUGCAGAGCUACUACAUGGGCCUAGGUGGUACUAGCUGGGCCGGUAUCGCUUACCCCCAUGUGUAUACGUCGUACGACUACGCCGCUGGCAUCAAAGAGAACCGAAUCAUCCGCGAUAAGCACCGCGAGUACGCGCUGACGGCUGGCUUCUGGCAGGCGUUCCCCGAGUUCAUCGGCGCCGAGCGUGUCGCUUUCGGUCCCGGCACGGACGUUGUCGACAACGACAAAUCCGUCUACGCGUCCAAGUUCAACGCGACGGACAACUCGCAGCAGACGUUCUACGUCGUCCGCCAGACCAACUCGACCUCCACGGAAAAGACCACCUUCAAGAUGACCCUCGACACAGUCCGUGGCCAGCGUUCCGCCCCCGCCGAGGGAACCUUCACGCUCAACGGCCGUGACUCAAGGCUCAUCGCCGUCAACGGUGCCCUGUCGAAACUCUCGACGCUGCUGUACUCAACCGCCCAAAUCGGCUUCGUCCGCUCGUACGGCGGCUCGGACGUCGUCCUGCUGCACGGUGACCCUGGCGUCUCCCACGAGGCCGUCUUUGCUGCCAAUGACGCCAAUGCCAAGUUCACCGUAACCACGUACGACAAGGGAAAGGGUCAGGUCGUGUCUGACACCACCACAGCCGGAGAGGUCCGCCUCAACUGGAAGAAGGCGAGCCACAGUAUCUCGCACGUCGCUCUGACCGCCGGCAACAUCAGGAUCAUCGCCGUGCUCGCCGACACCUUCGCCGCCUACGAGACCUACUCGCCGCCAACGACCAAGGCCGGCACGCUGAGCAACUACGCCGGCACGGGCGAGCUCGCGCUCAUCUCGGGUGUCUACCUCAUUCGGAACGCCACCAUCUCUGGCAACACUCUCGAGCUCUUCGGUGCAACGACCAAAGCCUCCACGCUCGAGGUCUUCACCACGCCUGAGGUGUCCAAGAUCUCGUUCAACGGCAAAGCACUCGAGAGCUCCAAGACCGAGUACGGUUCCGUGAAGGCAUCUUCCCCUGGCCCCACUGACGAGGCACUCUCGUUCCAGCCGCCCAAGCUGACCGGAUGGAAGUACGCCGACUCCCUGCCCGAGAUCUCGUCCCACUUUGACGACAAACACUGGACCAAAGCUGACCACACUUCGAGCCACAACGAGUACUUCCAGGACCCCGUCGUCCAGACGCAGGGCAAGGUGCUCUUCGCCGAUGCUUACGGAUACCACGCGAACAACAUCGUCUGGCGAGGCAAGUUCGACGCUAUGCCUGCCAAGGGUAAAAGCUUCAAAGAGACCGGAAUCUACUUCCACUUUCAAGGCGGCAGUUUCAGCGCUGGCUCCCUAUGGCUCAACGACAAAUUCCUCGGCACCCUGAACGCAGACUCAUCCUACUCGGAUGCCUUCGGUAACUUCACCUUCCCAGCGGGAGCACUGAAGCACAAGGAUAACAUCCUCACCUUCCUCCACGAUAACACUGGUCUUGAGGAGGACGGCGGCUACCCGAUGCCGAUUGGCUUUCGUCCCGACCAGGCCGAUGCGGACUCGAAGCUGAACCUGCAGACCCUCAAGAUGCCGCGCGGUAUCAUGGGGUUUUCGUUGCUCGGCUCGAAGCACACCCAAGUCAGCUGGAAGGUGCAGGGCAACAAGGGCGGGGAGAAUGCCCCAGACCGCGUUCGCACGUACAUCAACGAGGGCGGCCUGUACGGUGAAGUGCAAGGAUGGCACUUACCCGGCUUUGACGACAGCAAGUGGGAGUGCAGCAGCCCGCAGCAGGGCAUCAAGGGCGCAGGUGUCGCGUUCUACCGCACCACAUUCAACCUCAACAUGCCUACCGACCACGACAUCCCGAUCAGCGUGCACUUCUCCGAGGACAAGGGCACUGACUACCGUGCACUGCUGUACGUCAACGGCUGGCAGUUCGGUCGUCGCUUCACCCGAUAUGGCCCUCAGACGGCUUUCGUCAUCCCCCCCGGUGUGCUCAACACGAACGGCAAGAACACGAUCGCCAUCUCACUCUGGAACACUGUCGACAAGCCUACCGCGAUCAGCUCCAUUACGCUCGGUGUCGACGGCGUCUACACUGGCGCCACCGACCAUGUCUCCAACAACCCGGGCUGGAAGGAGCUGCGUGGAUGA